UCAAGGGACAAAAUUUACUUAAUUAAUUAUGAUGAAAAUCAAAUUGUCGGAUCAAAGUUGCCAUCAAAUAUUCAAGUAUUAAGGGUACUUUUUUACAAUAUGAGGAAAGUAAAAUUAAACUUACGAACCAGUGCUCAUUUGGUUAUUAAAGAAGUUGAAGUAUUCUGGGAGAAAGGAAGAAUACCAGUCAGAAAAUUUCAAAGGAGCAUCGACAAAUUGGAGUCACUGUAUUCAGAAUGGAGAAAUUUGAACAAAAGCUCUAAAAGGACAUCGUUGAACCACGAAAAUAAGGAAAAGGAUUUCAUUGGAAAAUUUAACGAAUUGUUCGAUAUUUCACAUGCAAAUGCCAUGGAAAUGAUGACUAUUGAAGAAGAUAAAUUAUUUUUGAUCUGUCAACGAGAUAAGGAAAGAAAAGGUUGCAUGGCUAGUUCAGAUUAUAACUUAUAUUUACAGGAAAAACAUGAACUAACACAAAAAAUUUUGAAAGAACAAAGAGAUUUGAAACUUCAAAAAUCUCAAUUUAUGUCCAAUGAGGUAGCUAUUUUAGACAGUAGUACAAGUAGUAUAAGUAGUAAUGAAGAAGCCAACAUGUCUUGUGAUGUUUCCGAAUCUAAUUUCAAUGAUGAAAAUGAACCUGGACCAUCCUGUUCAAAAAGAAAAAGAGGCAAACGACAGUUUAUUACAUCAAAACUUGUUGCCGCUUUUGACAAAUGUAAGAUCCUAGUGAGUUGGUUAUUAACCGAACUUCUAUUCACCGUUGUCGUGAACUUCUAAGGACCGAACACGC